AUGCAAGAAUUUACUGACGUAUGCACAUUUCUUGGUAAUCACAAUGGGACAAAAUUUGACGAAAAACAAAUCACGAAUCUAGCAGCUAGUAUUGAUCUCGAUAAGAAUGGCGUAAUUGAUUUCAAUGAAUUUCUUGAAGCCUUUCGUAUCGUUGAUAUUGUUGAUCCAUCAAUGAUGGAGCAAAGUUAAUAUUUUCGUGUGUUUGCUCUUUCUUCUUCUGUUUUUUACAUAUUGAAAAAUAAACGCGUGA